AUGUCAGAGCCUCAGCAGCAGCAAACGCCUGAGGACACACCAAAGAAAGGCAGGCCGGCACCAUCAAGGACGGAGUCCGAGAUGUCGUCAACCGCUGAAGAAGACCCUGGCUAUGAGUCGCGAUCCAGAUCGCAAUCUCGGCGACGGAGAAGGCAGAACCAACGCCAGAAGCAAGCACAGAGCAAAGCACAAGCUGGCAACGCGAAAGCUCAGUCGAUGGCCAAAGUCGAGGAGCAACCUCAAGAAGAAGAGGACCUGGCACAACCCGAAGAGCGACACCCAGACUGGCCGUAUGCUCCACGCGAUCAGUGGCUGAACAACCCUGCCACACAAGACACAACAGAGACUCAACCAUUUGAAAGGAUAAAGCCACCUGGACAGGGCAUGAUGGGCCCUGUCACAUACGCCCGCAUGAUGCGAGGCGAGAUCCCAUGGCGAGGACCACCACCUCGACAGCCAUACAACACAACACAAGGAGUUGAUGCGAAGUUGGACGGAGCUGGCGGCAAGGACCCUAUGGACCAAGAUGGACUCAAGUUGCGGAUCGAGCUCAAUCUGGACAUCGAAAUCGAGCUCAAGGCCAGCAUCCACGGCGACCUGACGCUGGCUCUCUUGAUCAGUUUGAACAUCUACGUGGAUCGUAUCAUAGACAACAACUAUGAUGUCGCCGCCGAGCCAUGCAAACAGUCUACCCCAAUCCUGCGUGCCAUGAUGCAAGCCCUGCACAACAGCUUUCUGCAAUUCUUUGUGGCCAAGCAACCCUUGUUCGACAGCUACGGACUCCAUUGGCAGCAAUCCAAGAUGCAGCGCGGGUCUAGCGACGGGGUCAAGGAGGUGAAGUCCUUCGACGUCGACCCACUCCGUGUUGUUGAAGACCAGCCUCUGGACUUUUCGUACGAGACUUAUGCUGAUGCCCUUGAAGUGGAAGCGAUCCUCUCGUCGAAGUUCUCGCAGUGGGAAAUUUUCACUCAAGCCGACGUAACGAUGGCCGCCGUUCAGUAUCACGGUCCACGUGCUAGAAACCGCGCCACGCAGAUUCCUAUCAUUCCAGAUAGCAUCUCGAAGGGAGGCAGAGUCAACCCGCAACUCCAGUCUCCUUUCUUCUAUCCCAAAAUCGGUACCAAGAAGACCGCUGUCGCGCAGGGCACUGUCACACGCAAGCAAAUGCCGCCCGAGCUGACGGAGGCCCUCUUCAACUACAUCGAGAACUCCAGAGACAUCAGUAUCAACGACAAAGUCAUGCUUUCCCUGACCUGCAAGCUCUUCGCGCAAUUGCUCGGGCCAAAAGACUCUGCAGGAAAUCGGGGUCUCAAGCGAUCAGCCUUCCACCUGCUCUCAGCGAUCCUCGCAUUGGCGCACAGCCCACCGAAGCGCAGAAGCGGAGCCGUCUCAACUUCAUGA